AUGACAAUGGCACAAGCCCUGGACCCACUGCACCUCCUCUAUCCCGCCGACUACGACACGCGGGUCCAGCACAUCCUCUGCUACAUGCGCGAAGACCCUUACUCCAAGAACUUCAAGGAAUCCGAGCGUCAAUAUUUCCCCGUGAAAUUUCCUGACGGGACUGAGGUCAAGCAUCCGCCUCUAAUUAUCGCACCCGGCCAUGCGUGCACGUUGUGGGGCCAAUUGCAUCAUCGCGAUUAUGAUAAUUUGCAGAUUACGUUUGGGAAUAUCUUUAUUGAUGUGCCGACGGAGAUUAGGAGGUAUGAGGAUAUGAAGGGUAGGAUGGGGGCGAGUGAGGUGGAUGCGAUGAAAGCGGGACGGUGUCGGCUUCCUGAGAAGGAUGUGGGGCCUCGCAAAGUCUACGCUUCGGCCAUUGUGGCGGCUAAAGGUCCUGUACACGAUAUAAUGAGAUCAGGCUACAUGUCUGAAGCGGACCCCGACCUACAAUUUGCCAUCAUCUUCGCACCGCCCCACAAAGAUUUCAUGGGGCAAUUCUUUGAUAUCGGGAUCAGUGAUCUGCGCAUAGUACAUAUCAAGAACGAUCACGAAAUGCUCGUAAUCUCUGGGCUGCGUGCGGACGAAAUGCUCGCCUGCUUCGCUGGUGCUGUAGCUAUUCUGCGCGAGGAACUCGUCCGCAAUCUGGAAAUCGAGCGGACUGACACUCGAUCGGAUUCUGAUAAAGAUUCUUUUUGGUGUGGGGGCAACUUCAGCCAUGAUGCCCACAUCAUUUGCAAGUCAAAAGUCCUGAAGAUAUGCACGCUCGGGAAGACCGUCUCCUCAAAAUGUGCGGGGUAUCGUGACAAAGAAAGCUUAGUGCUAGGGCUCGCCUGA